AUGGACAGGUUUUUCCAUGAUCCAGAGAGCGAAAAGCUCUUGCGCGAGCACAACCAGGCCCUCGAAGCCGCCGAGGCCCUCAAGGGCAAGCAAUUCAAGCCGGCAUUGACACGGGAUGAACUCUUGAGGAAAUUCAUCUUUUGGCAGAAGAGAAGCAAAGAUCAACCAGGUGGCCAAGAUAGCGCCGGCAUGGUGGAUGUCUCUUUUGCGCCUCCAAUCUAUCCACCAUGUCUCGCUUCGCUGAAAGACCUGAAAAGGGUCAUGAUCAAGGACCUGCUUUUUGAAACUCAUCACAGGGGCUCUUACAUUCUAGUCAGAUCAAUCACCCGGGCAGAGAAGAUGGCUGCAGUUACGGUCAUCGUGGAAGACGAACAGAAACAUGCGAUCCCGCUCCGAAUGUUGAACGAGAAACUCAGCUGCCAUGAUGGCUUUGCUGGAAAAGGGGAGAUCUUGCUUGUGAAGGAGCCAUACUUGACUUUGAUACCGGGUGUCGAAUAUGGGAUCAAAGUUGAUCACAUUUCUGAUAUCAUGUUCAUCCCAAUGUUCGACAAUAUGGUUCCAUCAGCUUGGCGAGAACAGCUUCCAGAGCAUGAAACCUCUCAGUGGACGGCUGGGAAUUGGCUAAGCAUGGGUAUCGAGAAUAUUAACUGGGGUAGAUUUUAUUCUGCCACUGCACGUUGUUCCAAAGGAUUGGAGUGUUCGCCGACAGAGGAAGAGAGACAUUACCUUCUGUACUACCGAGGCAUGGCAUUCUUCAAGGCCCAUGAGUGGGAUGCAUGUCUGCGUGAUCUUGAUGCCAUUCCAGCAGGCCCAAAAUCCGAGAUAGCCCUUAGGGGUAAAGGCCAAACCCUGUACUACCUGCAAAGGUUCCGGGAAAGCUGCGAUGUUUUCAUCGAACUCUGCAAGAAAGAUCCGGAAGAUGUCAACGCCAAGAAUGAUCUUCGCGAAGCCAUUGUACGCCUUGCAGAGCAAAAGAAGUGCCUAUACAACUUCAAGGAUAUGCAGGAGAAGGCAUCAAAAACCCACCCACCACUCUUGGGACAUGGGACAUGGAUCGGCCCGGUGACAGUCCGGCAAACCGAGUCCCAAGGACGAGGCCUAUUCACAACACAAGCAGUCAAAGCCGGUGAUUUGCUCCUCUGCGAGAAAGCCUUUGCAUACGCAACCGAGCACCCUAGCAAGCCAAAAUGGAAUAGCAGUCUCCAUAUCAACACCGAACUGUGGACGACCACGCGAGGAGGCCAGCUCGCGCUCGCAUCGUCGAUCGUCGAAAAGCUGUACAAGAACCCAUCAUUAACCUCAACAAUAACCAACCUCUACAGCAGCGGAUUCAAGCAGGUCUCAACAGAGUCUGUUGAUGGAAAUCCGGUGGUAGACACAUUCCAAAUCGCCCGCAUAAUCUCCCUCAACGGUUUCGGCAGCCCAACCUCCUCAAGAGGCAACCAUAUCCCCGACGCGCUCGAUGCAAGCGGGAGCCCCGAAAAGCUACACAACUGCGGCAUCUGGCCCAACGCCUCAACAAUCAACCACUCAUGCAUGAGCAAUGCACACCGCGCCUUCAUCGGCGACAUGAUGAUCAUCCGCGCAGCCGACGAUAUCCCCGCAGACACCGAGUUGACAAUGUGGUACAUGCUCCCCUCGCCCGAAAACCAGCCCAUGGACUUCCGCCACUGGGGCUUCGAGUGCUCGUGCGCCAUGUGCGCUGACAUCAGGGCCACUGAGCCUCGUGUUCUCGAGAUGCGGGUCAGACAGCGUGAGCAGAUUGCCAUAGCACUGGAUAAUAACUCGACGCUUAGCCACGAGCGCGCUGAGAUGCUGGUCGAGCGUCUGGCUGAGACGUAUCCGCGCCCGCUGGACCAGGUGCUGCGACUUGGGUUGUGGGAGCCGCUUACUUUGAUUGCUGGGGUUUAUGGAAGACGGAAGGAGUGGGAGAAAGCUGGGAAGGCUGUGAUUCGGGCCCUUGAAGGGGUUGGAUUUGUGCUUGAGGGGUCUGGGUUGGAGGGUGAUGUGGAGGGGCCGUUUGUAGUGAAGAAAUGGGGGCUCGUUAUGGAUAAUCUUGUCGUUGCGUGGAUUAUCCUUUGCAGGUCUUUGCUUAGGGUUGCGCCUGAGAGAGCGAUGCAGGUGGAACGGUAUGCUCGCAUGACUUACUUGAUUUGUGUUGGGGAGGAGGGAAGCUUUGAUGCAACCUAUGAAAUGAGCUUGAAGGAGGUUCGUCAGUUUUGCUCUGAGGAAGGCCAAGUGGAAGGAUGGGUAGUUUAG